GGCAAGUAUGGCGCUCACAGUUGUUUGGUUCAUCACCUCCGUUCUUAGUUUUGUUCAUUCAACACCGUUGAUAUUACUCGAAGAGGAACAUCGAUUCAAACAGUGGAUGUCACAGCACAACAAAAUUUAUGACACUGAAGAGUAUUACCACCGGCUCCAGAUAUUCACUGAUAAUAAGAGAACAGUCGAUCAUCAUAAUGCUGGGAAUCACUCCUUCACAAUGGGCCUGAAUCAGUUCUCAGACAUGACAUUCGAGGAAUUCAAGAAAUUCUUCCUUUUAUCAGAGCCACAGAACUGCUCAGCUACUAAAGGAAGUCACGUCAGCAGGACUGGUCCUUACCCCGAGUUUGUGGACUGGAGGAUGAAAGGAAACUUUGUGACUCCCGUGAAGAAUCAGGGUCACUGUGGAAGCUGCUGGACUUUCUCCACCACUGGCUGUUUGGAGUCAGUGAAUGCCAUCGCCACUGGGAAGCUAAUAUCUCUGUCUGAGCAGCAGCUGAUAGACUGCGCCAAGGACUUUAACAAUCAUGGAUGUCUGGGUGGGCUUCCCAGCCAGGCGUUUGAGUACAUCAAAUACAACAAAGGUCUUAUGACAGAGGAGGACUAUCCCUAUAAAGGCCAUGAUGACACUUGCCAUUUUGAGCCUGCACUAGCAGCUGCUUUUGUCCUGGAUGUUGUCAACAUAACAAGUUUUGAUGAAAAGGCCAUGGUUGAUGCUGUGGCCAGGCUCAAUCCUGUGACCUUCAGCUUUGACGUCACGGCUGACUUUCUGCACUACAAAGACGGUGUUUACACCAGCACCCAGUGUAAGAGCACAGCAGACAGGGUGAAUCAUGCUGUUCUGGCUGUGGGUUACGGCACUGAGGAGAACGGCACGCCAUAUUGGAUUGUCAAGAACUCCUGGGGCACAGCCUGGGGAAAGGACGGGUAUUUUUUGAUUGAGCGAGGAACAAACAUGUGUGGACUGGCUGUAUGCUCUUCCUACCCUCUACCUUCAGUCUGAGGAGCAACGUGGCAACUAAGUGGAAGACUGAUGAAACAACCUAAAUGGAGUCCACGUGAUGGGAAGUUGGUGUUUGUGAUAUUUAUGUGUUUUCACGUUUCCUGAAGAAUCUUUGUGGCUGAUCCAAGGACUUGACAUAAACUAAGGACUCAAAACAGAAAUAAGAAAACAUAAAGCCAAUUAUAAGAGGAAAGAAAUGUGUCAGCUCAGGUGUAAAAGAGCUGUAAUUUGGCAAAAGCUCUUGUAGUGUGACUAAAUAUGAACACACAUAACUAUCUUACAUCAGAAAAAAUUCAGAAACAUAUUUUAUAUGCCAGAGGGUGACUAAACAGGGCAGCUGUCAUGAUGGAGCUGAUUGAACAGUUUGUGUUCAUUCCAGCAGUAUGUUCUUUCCAUUCAGUCUGUCUCAUAAUGACAAAUCAGCUCUUCCCAUAACAGUGUCAUAAUUGUAAGAAGUCGCAUCAGAUCUGGUUGUUUGUCAAAGUGUCCUUACUUGGUUUAAAUGUAUU